GGCCAUCUCCCACAAUGGACUCCAGUGAGCUGCAGCAGCUCGUUGUUGAUAUACUUGAGAAGGAAACUGCGAUUCCUGAUACCCGCAAACUGGUUAUCCCAGGCACGAAGAGGCAAGCUGCCUCUGCGGAGGACCAGAAUGCUGUGAUUUCUGCCCUGGCGUCCCUUGCUAGUCGGGAGAUUGUUACCUAUGAUCAAAAGGAUGCAUUCACCUACCUUCUUACCGCCGAAGGUGCCCAAAUAGCGCGUGACGGGUCACACGAAGCGCUCGUGUGGGCUGCCGUACCCCCGAAGGAUAGCGGCGAGACCAUGACCAUUAAGCAACUACAAGAAAGCCUUGGACAGGCCGCGAAGAUUGGACAGGGAAAGGCCUUCAAAAAUGGCUGGGUGGGUAAAGACAGGGAUAAGCUGUUCAAGCUUGUCGCGAAAAUUGUGGAUACCACCAGGGAAGAACUGAAUGAAGUCGAGAAGACGGGCACGCUGAAGGGAGGCGAGAAGGCAGUUGCGGAGCUGAGGAAGAGAAAGCUGCUCGAUCAAAAGAAGUCGCUAUGGUGCACAGUGAAGAAGGGACCAGCUUUCACGACCGACCUACGAAAGCCGGAAACUGAUCUCACCGCUGAGAUGCUUGCUACUGGCUCCUGGAAGGAUUCGACCUUCAAGAAGUACAACUUUGAUGCUGAUGGAACCCCAACUAAUGGCGGUGCAUUGCAUCCUCUCAUGAAGGUCCGCGAGGAAGUCAGAGGCAUCUUCUUCGAGAUGGGCUUCGCCGAGAUGCCAACAGACGCUUUUGUCGAGUCCUGUUUCUGGAACUUCGACGCACUCUAUGUCCCUCAACAACACCCCGCCCGCGAAACGCAAGACACUUUCUACGUGUCCUCUCCCCUUAGAGGACUUUCUCCUCCCAAAGACUACUUAGACAGCGUCGCACAAUAUCAUAGCCGUGGGUCUUCGGAUGGCUCAUCGCGAGGCUACCAAGCUCCCUUCUCAAAGGAGGAAUCACAUCGUCUCCUUCUCCGGACGCACACUACCUCUUGUUCAGCACGCAUGCUGUACGCGCUUGCGCAGAAGGGCAAGAAGGACGGAUUCAAGCCUGCCAAGCUGUUCAGCAUCGAUCGAGUGUUCAGGAACGAAGCGGUUGAUGCAACCCAUCUGGCAGAGUUCCACCAAGUUGAGGGUGUGGUAGCGGAUAGGGGGCUCACGCUUGGCGACCUGAUUGGUUUCAUGCAAACUUUCUUCGCGAAGAUGGGCUUGCCAAAUCUACGCUUCAAGCCGGCGUAUAAUCCAUACACAGAGCCGUCCCUGGAGAUUUUCUGCUGGCACCCUGGAUUAGGCAAGUGGGUCGAGAUUGGCAAUAGCGGGAUGUUCCGGCCUGAGAUGCUGGAACCCAUGGGAUUCCCUCCUGAUGUACGCGUACACGGUUGGGGCUUGGGUUUGGAGCGUCCAACGAUGAUCCGAUAUGGGAUUACGAAUAUCCGUUCGUUGGUUGGGCACAAGGUGUCUAUUGAUGGAGUAGAGAAGAGUCCAGCCGUUCGCUUCUAGAUCGGGUGUUUGAUAUGAUAAUAUUGGCAAUGGAUCCCGUGAUGAUCCCCUUAGGAUGGAGGUCGCGCGAGGCCACACGUUCG